GAAAAUACAGAUAGCUCUCAAUUUUUUCUUUAUUUUUGUCUCUUCACUGCUGAAAAAGAAAAAAAAAGACAUUAAACAAGACGACUUGGUCACAGACAGGAACCUCUCGUAGAUUUGUCUUUGCGAUUGAACACAAAUUAGGGUUUUUAUUUCCAGGUUCUGAUUCUGCUUCUUCGAUUUCAAAUGGGAAAAUUUUGUUGCUUCACUUCCCCUUCCGAGGUUGUGGGAGGACAAUCAUCAUCUCGAUCUGGUAAAGGAAGAAGUGAUGAAGGUUUAAUCAAGUACGGCUUCAGUCUAGUCAAAGGCAAAGCUAACCACCCCAUGGAGGAUUACCAUGUCGCUAACUUCAUCAACGUACAAGACCAUGAACUCGGUCUUUUCGCUAUCUACGACGGUCACAUGGGUCCCACCGUCCCUGCCUACUUGCAGAAGCACCUCUUCUCCAAUAUCCUCAAGGAGGGAGAGUUCUGGGUGGAUCCUAGAAGGUCUAUACAAAAAGCUUAUGAGAAGACGGACCAAUCCAUUCUGUCCAACAGUUCUGACUUGGGUCGUGGCGGGUCCACCGCUGUUACGGCUAUAUUGAUUAACGGGAGGAGGUUGUGGAUAGCUAAUGUUGGCGAUUCGCGAGCGCUUCUUUCUCAAGGAGGUAGGACGAUGCAGAUGAGUACGGAUCAUGAGCCUGGUGUCGAAAGGUCGAGUAUUGAGGAUAGAGGUGGAUUUGUAUCCAAUCUACCAGGUGAUGUUCCUCGAGUGAAUGGUCAAUUAGCGGUGUCUCGUGCCUUUGGUGAUAAGGGAUUAAAGACACAUCUGAGUUCAGAGCCUGAUAUUAGAGAUGCUUAUGUUGAUAGCCAGACAGAUGUUCUUGUCCUCGCAAGUGAUGGCAUUUGGAAGGUGAUGUCAAAUGAAGAGGCAAUGGAGAUAGCUAGAAGGGUGAAAGAUCCACAGAAGGCGGCCAAGGAACUAACAGCUGAAGCUUUGAGAAGAGAGAGCAAAGACGACAUAUCUUGUGUCGUGGUCCGGUUCAGAUAACCGACUCUUGGGUGGAUUUUUUUUUUUAAUUUCUAAAAGGGGGAGAUGGUUGCAUUUUCAAUCAAGAUUCAUGAUAGCUUCUUGCUAUAUAGCUUUAUAAUGGGGUUGGUUCGGUGUUGUGUAAAUGGUGUGUUAAAAAGACGACAAAAAGAGAAGAAAAAAAAAGCAGAGGGAAAUUGAGUUGGUGUGGGUGAUGGUUAUUAUUGGUUGAUUUGUUAUCAUCUUAUUAUUAGGUUUACCUAAGUAUGUGAAAAUACCUUUGUGUUAGGUUUGCAUAUGUUUUUAAACAAAUAUUUUCUGUUUUGUA